AGAGUUCACACACACACACACACACACACACACACAAUCGUCCUCACUCAUCGAUCAGCUUCAGUAUGUCUGAUCUUUAAUCCGUUUACGUCAGCUUUUAUCGAUGCUUAAGCUUGUAGUGGAGUCAGUGAGUACGUCUGUGACUGUCGGUCUGGUUCGACCUGCUUUGUUCGGUUUCGGCUGCUAGUUCCGGAACUUUUCGGACUCAGUGUGAAGCUUCAGUUUCGGGUUAACUGUUAGCAUCUUUCUGCUCUGGUCCCGUCAUCUGUUAGCUUCAUUGCACGGACCCCUUUCAGCUCGGAGUCUCUUCCUCACGCCGAAACCCCGCGCUGCUUUCCGGACUGAGCAGUUAGCUUAGCCCCCAGGCCGCUCAGUCAGUUCUGACAGCACACAGCUUAGCUAGCUAACUGCUAGCCUGAGUUAGCAGCUAGCAGUUAGCCCGAGCUGCCUGUCAUGCCGGCGAUGCUGGAGAGAAACUCAGAGGCUCCGGUGAAGCGGAGAGGCAGGGCCCCGACGGGCAGCGGCAGCAGCGGCCCCGGGACAGCAGCUAACCCCGGAGGGAAGAGUCUGUCCGGUAAUGGAAGCAGCUGCUGGGAAGAAGGAAGUUCAGGCUCCAGCAGCGACGAGGAGCAUGGUGGAGGAGGGAUGCGGGUCGGACCGCAAUACCAGGCCGUGGUUCCGGACUUUGACCCGGACGUGGCUCAGGCUGCUCAGCUCAGGGAAAACCUCGGCAUGUUGGUUUGGAUUCCCAGCAGCUGUUUGAACCAGACUCAGUUGGACGAGUACAUCACCAUCGCCAAAGACAAACAUGGCUACAACAUGGAGCAGGCUCUGGGGAUGCUCUUCUGGCACAAACACAACAUUGAGAAAUCCCUCGCUGACCUGCCGAACUUCACUCCAUUUCCUGACGAGUGGACGGUGGAGGACAGAGUCCUGUUUGAACAGGCCUUCAGUUUCCAUGGGAAGAGCUUCCACCGCAUCCAGCAGAUGUUGCCAGAUAAAUCCAUGGCCAGUCUGGUUCGUUUUUAUUACUCCUGGAAGAAGAGUCGCAGUAAAACCAGCCUGAUGGACAGACAGACACGAAAACACAAGAGAGAGAGAGGUGACAGUGACGAUGAAGUUGAGGAUGGAAACGUAAAUCCUCCGAGUGACUCAGAGUUCGACCCAAAUAAAGACGACAAGAAAGAGGUGCGUUCCGGACCAGAGAGGUCAGAGGUCAAACCAGCUGCUGGAUUGAAGACAGGCAGUAAGGCGUCUCAGCGUUUGAAGAAGCGUCCCCCCAGAGGAAUGUUUCUGAAUCAGGAGGAUGUGAUCUCGCUCUCGACUUCGUCCCCUCAGGGAUUCAUCAGACAGCUGGACUGUCAGCUAGUCUCCAUCAAGAGACAGAUUCAGACCAUCAAACAGUCAAACAGCUGUCUGAAGGAGAAAAUCAGUUCAGGAGUCGAUGAGUUCAGACAACCCGAGGUUAUUAAGAAGUUCAACACUCGUUGGACCACAGAGGAACAGCUGCUCGCUGUACAAGCUAUCAGGAAGUAUGGACGAGACUUCCAGGCGAUCUCAGAUGUGAUUGGUAACAAGUCGGUGAUUCAGGUGAAGAACUUCCUGGUGAACUACAGACGGAGAUUUCACUUGGAUGAGGUCCUUCAAGAGUGGGAGGCUGAACACGGGAUGGAGGGGGGAGAAGGGGGAGGAGUAGAGGAAGACAAGAUGGAGGACAAGAUGGAGGUGUGUCCUGCUGAGGAGGAGGAGGCCACUGCUAAGGAAACGAAGGAGGACUCGUCCUCUCCGGUGGACUCCCAGAAGCCUCUGGCCUCCUGAGACCAGGUGACCUCUGGUGGUUUUAGCACAUCAUCAUGCGUUUGGUGUGACUCUCUCAGUUUAUAAGACUUUUAUUGAUGGGGUAUGUGUUUCAGUUAUGUCUUAUUUGUCAUCACUGCUCUCUCUGGACCAAUCAGAAUCAGACCUGACCUUCCAGUUGCAGUGGAUGGGACCUGUUUUUUUGUCUUUCUAUGUUUUACAUUUUUAUCGAAGCAGCAGUUGGUGAUGUCACUCAGAUGAAUCCUGUCCUGAUGAUGUCAUGCUGUUUUGGGGAGUUUAGGAUGUUUUAGAAGGUUGACAAUAAAACCAAAGUUCAUCAGUAAA